UUUAAUCAACAAGCGCAUAGCAAAAAGCGCAUAGAGGGAAAACAACACGGAAGACCCAACACCCCACCCCACAUCACAGCAACGCCCAUAGCAACCGCCGCGCAUCCUCUCUUCCAGUUUCCGCUUGUUUUUGCCUUCCCUCCAUCUGGCACCGCGACCCCAUCGCCUGCACCCCCCGCUGCCUGCCAACCACCGCAUCCAUUCCGUUUUACGCUGCAUCCAUACCCACCGAACUGACCGAUAUUUGCCCACGACUUCUGUGUGCAAAAAUGAUCGACCCGACAUUUGCAUAGUUCCCUGCAGCCGUCUAUCAAGUGUAUGGGUGCGGUAGUGCAGACGCUCGUGGGAGAAGCAGGUGCACCAUCAGUUAAAGCCACCGAUGCUCGUGGCAUGGAGCCGUAGUCACCCAGCUGGCGGCAAACACGGAGGGGGCCAUUGUUUUUUUUCUCCCCCUCUGCGUCUCUCUUUUUUUUGCCCCGGUCUAGCCUAAUUGAUGCCAUGCCAAGACUGCUCAGUCCGCGACGUUUGACGAAGGCCGCUUCUCGCUGACGCCGGAAUAAUUCAAUGUGAUGAUGCAGGUUCUCUCCUCCUCUCGUCCUGUAACACAUUCUGAAUGGAAACUGGAUCUGUGAUAUGCUCCUCUCUCCUGAGACUGCAGCACUGUAAGAUCAGCCGCUCCCCUGACCCCACCCACCUCACCGGUCCUGGCCUAUCAGCGAACUGGCCUCCGCACAACAACCCCUUCCACCCCGCCCCCUGCAUGCGGGACAAGGCUACCCAGACCCCCAGGGCCUGGGUAGAUGAGCGCAGGAGAGGCUCCCAUAAGCGCUCUGCCUCAUGCGGGAGCACCGACCAGCUGAAGGAGAUCGCCAAGCUGCGGCAGCAGCUGCAGAGGAGCAAGCGCAGCAGUCGGCACCGCCGAGACAAGGACCGCAAGUCGCCCUUCAAUGGCAACCAUGCUGCCAUCAUCCAAUCACAGGCUCAGAUGCCUAAGACCAUCCUGGUGCCCAUCCCCAUCUCCAAGUCCACGGCGCCGCGGUUCCGCAACAGCGUGGAGGGCCUUAACCAGGAGAUCGAGCGCAUCAUAAUCAGCGACACCAGCGAACGCAGCGCAGAAGUCAUCGUCCCUCAGGACGUCCCUGACGGACAUCGCGCCCCUCCCCCCAUCGUCCAACGCAGCAGCAGCACGCGCAGCAUCGACACACAGACGCCCUCGGGCGGAGGGGGAGGGAGUGGUGGAGGAGGAGGAGGUCUGGGGCCCGGACCCGGGGCUAACGCCAACGGGAACGGGAGUAACGGGAACGCCAGUAACAGCACCAGUAGCAGCCGCUCGGAGUCGGUGUCUCCCUCUUACCUGAGCAUACUCAACGACAGCAGCCCCCUGCCAGAGGACGACGAGAGCCAGGAGACCACCGAGCUUGGCCUCACGUCCCCGUUGCCCAAGUACGCCUCCUCGCCCAAGCCCAACAACAGCUACAUGUUCAAGCGUGAGCCCCCCGAGGGCUGCGAGAGGAUCAAGGCCUUCGAGGAGUCCCAGCCCAGACCCCUCCAGGAGAUCCCCCCGUACCUGUGUCCCGACCGCAACAAGGUCAACUUCAUCCCCAAGAGCGGCUCGGCCUUCUGCCUGGUGAGCAUCCUGAAGCCCCUGCUGCCCACCCCGGAGCGCACCUUCCGCGGAGGCGUAGGGGUGGGCCUGCGCAGCCUCUCCCCCUCCCUGGUGCCCCUCGGCGGGGUAGGGGUAGGGGUAGGGGUAGGGGUAGGGGUGCGCAGCCUGUCCCCUUCCAUGGGCCUGUCCCGGGGCCCCAGCUCCCUGCAUCAGCCGCACUGUCUGCCCAGACAUCCAGAGGAGCCGGAGGGGUAAUGAAGUCAGCAUGGGGGGUUGGAUGGGGAUGGCGAUGGCGAUGGCAAAGAUUGUCUCAGUAGAGUAAGAUGAUUCAUCCAGCGGAGCCUAAAGGGUAAAGCAAAGAAUCGUAUAGGAGAGAAAGAUACUUCAGGCUCGUUGUUUUCCGGUAUCCAUGUGAUAUCAGGUGAACGCCCCCUUUAGGAGAUUUUCGGGUUAGGAGACCUUCGGAGACUUGAGGACUAAAGC